AUGGUGAAUAGACGCCUGUUAACCCUCCUCGAGGAACAAGAUCUUCUUGAUCGUCGGCAGUUCGCUUUCCGAAAGGGACUCGGUACAAGUGUUCAUUUAGGCUGCCUCGGCGAAAUUUUAAGCGACGCCAUAGCCAACGACCUUCAUGCGGACAUUGCCAUCCUUGAUCUCGCCAAGGCAUACAACACGGUAUGGCGCGAAGGAGUGCUUCGCCAGCUGCAUCAAUGGGGCAUCCGCGGAAACCUCGGCUGCUUCAUAAAACAAUACCUUAGUGAUCGAAGCUUCAGGGUGGGUAUCGGAGGAAACCAAUCGGACCUAUUUUGGGAGGCUAACGGGGUACCCCAAGGAUCGGCGCUGGCAGUUACACUAUUCCUAGUCAGCAUGAACUCCCUCUUUGCCACGCUCCCGAAAGGCAUAUUCGUAUUCAUCUACGCAGACGACGUGAUUCUUGUAGCGAUCGGGAAAACGACCGGCCGCACCAGACUGAAGCUGCAGGCUGCCGUAAACGCCGUUGGUCGGUGGGCCAACUCGGUCGGUUUCAGCAUCUCCGCCCCAAAAUGCGCUAUUUCACACUGUUGCAACUCUUACCACUUAGCCACCGACCGGCCGGACAAACUCGCUGGAACAGUAAUACCAUUCCGUAAAGAGCCAAAAAUCCUUGGCGUGAUAAUCGACCGUAAGAUGACUUUCCUUCCACACUUUCGACGGGUGAAAAAGGAUUGCGAAAGCAGGAAACGUCUUGUCCGCACCAUCAGCUCGAGACACCCGAGGUGGAAUAGGCAAAGCGCACUUAACAUCAGCCAGGCCCUCAUCCACAGUCGUCUGUUCUAUGGCCUUGAAAUAACCAGUUGUAACUGGGAGGGUUUAAUCGAUACCCUCGCACCGCUGUAUCACGGAGCAAUCAGAUCAGCCUCAAACCUGCUGCCAAGCACCCCCGCUGAAGCUGCCUGCGUCGAAACCGGCGUCCUUCCCUGUCGGUGGGCAGUGGCAGUAGCCGUUCUAAGACGAGCCAUGGGGUUCCUAGAAAAAACAUCGGGUGAUGAAUGCCAUCUACUACAGAGAGCUAAGAGCAUACACACCAUGUUUGCCAAUGCCCCUCUUCCAACAGUCGCACAGCUACAUCGGGUCAACAACCGCGCCUGGCACGAGCGCGGUCCAAACAUAGACAUCAGUCUGGCUGUAUCCACAAGAGCAGGAGAUCCUCCCCGGGCUGCCAGAGCCAAAUUCCUACAGAUGGUCGAACAAAAAUACUCAAACCAUCUGCACAUCUACACCGACGGCUCGAAACUUGGCGAGGAGGUGGGCGUGGGUGUGAGCGGAAUCGGAGCGGGCCUCGCCCGUCGUCUACUCCCCGUGUGUUCCGUGUUCUCCGCGGAAGCCGCCGCCAUCGUCAUUGCGGUUACCAACAAACCUGAAGACACACCCACAGUGAUCUUCUCCGAUUCCCUCUCAGUCAUCAAAGCGCUGGAAUCAGGGGAGUCCAAGCACCCCUAUGUCCAAGCCAUAGAACAAUCCUGUGACUCAUUAACUACCAUAUGCUGGGUACCCGGACACAGCGGAAUCCGCGGUAACGAGGAUGCUGACCACUUGGCCGCACUCGGUCGACGCUCUCGCGCCCUGUUCUCUAAUGAGGUACCGUCAUCCGACAUCAUCAGGGAAUUCAAGGCGAAGACCUCUGGGCACUUCAUCACUCACUGGAGGACUCUCCAAGGCUACCCUCAAAAGGUAAAGGGAGACCUCGAAAAGUGGACAGACCGCGAAAACCGAGUUGAACAAAGAGCGCUAUCCCGCCUCCGCGUGGGACAUACGAGGCUCACCCAUGCCCACACCAUUACCCGCGUCGACCCUCCAAUAUGUACAUCUUGCAGCACUAGACUCACGGUGGAGCAUCUACUAAUAAACUGCAGGGAGUUCGACAACCUACGACGACAUCACAACUUGCCCUCCUCGAUUCGAGAAACAUUGGCAAACGACUCAGUGCACGAAGAGGCACUACUUGCCUUCCUGAAAGAUGCCAAUCUUCUCGAAUCUAUCUAA